AUGGUAGAAGCUUGCAUUGAAAUUAUUGUUGCUUUGGCUACAGUUAAUGCAGACGAAGGAAGGAAACGAAAGAAAAAACAAAGAAUAUGGUCAAAAGAAUGGUUUUUAAAAAAAACCAAAUACACACAUCAUCACCUACUAGAUGAACUUUUAUUGACAUCAAAUGAAGAUUAUGCAAAUUUUCUUCUAAUGGACUAUUCAACAUUUAUGGAAUUAUUAGAAAAAGUUGAACCUUUUAUCAAAAAAAAAGAUACAAAUAUGAGAAGUGCUAUUAUUGCAAAUCAAUGUUUUUGUUAUUGUUUUGAAUAA